UCGACGUGAAUUUCUGCAACGUUUUCAGUUGCCAGGAAAUUUCAUUGGAAGGUCCUACACGGCAUACGACAUCAUGAGUAAUAAGAAGUCAUGACGGAGUUUCAUCAUGGGUUCAAGAGCUUCUUUCAUCAUCAUCAUCUUGUGGAAGACAAAGCCAUCUGGGAGGGAAAUGAGAGCACCGCAAGCUUGCAGCACGAAAGCAAAGAGCAUGGAGAAGUUCUGGAUGCUAGGGAAGCAUGUGGACAAGGCUCAGAAGACUGCGAAGCCGAGACGAAAGCAAAGGAUAGGAGCAGGGUCUUAACCUCUCAGUUCACGAAAAUGCUUAGACGGCAGAUCAGUAAAGUCAAGUCACCCAUUGCUCUAUCUUCAAGACGCUGUUGAAUCUUCGAAGUUAGGUUAUUAUCCCAAGGAGCGUCUCAAGGCAGCCGCCUCGGUCCACGAUGCCUCAUUGUGCCCAACUUUGCCAGAGCAGUCGUCGCAAUCAUCUCAAGAAGUCGCUAUCUAGCAAAUAAUAAAUUCCGAAGUACUCUUGAAAGCCUUCCCCUGCGUUCAAGGAACUGUCUCCUGGCUUAAAUAGUGUCCAGCGAGAGUCGUUUGCGGGCUGGGAGAACAAUCGGAGAAUUGAGUUGGUGACCACCGCGACAAGACGGGCAAUUCCUCGUGCUCGUCGUCCUGAUUUGUGGCCAAGGGGCCCGAGGUCUCGCUAGUGCUUUCCCUUGUUGCCGCUGAAAAUAACGAUUCCGAGGCCAAAAUAGUAGUAAUAGUAGUUGUAGAAGAGGAGGACAAAGUGCUGGAUUAGAGAAAUGCGACACGGCCAAAACAAAUUCUGAUGUGGAGAGUGACAUCUUUUGUGUGUUCCUUGUGGUGCUAAGUGACCCCCCGAAACCAUUAGAUCAAAAUCAGCCCCCGAUUCAUCACGUUGACCAUGCUUUGUUACUUGGAUCCCUUCUGCAAAGCCUUAUCAUCAUGAAUUUCAAGCGGACCAACCGAAUCAUCACUCACUUCAUUUGGAUUCGCUCUUGGAGCAGGAAAUCAGGGUCGACAGAGGCGGUCUAGAAACGCCCCUUGAAGGGGAGGGAUCUCGCCCCUGAGCCCUGACGUGCCCCACUGACCGCAAGCUCGUGCUUGUGACGUCAUCACUCCCCGCGUUGUGACGUCAUUGUUCAGGUGAUAGUGAGGCACCAUGGCUGCGGCCAUUGGGAUUGCUAAAACCGCCACUGAAAUCUUCCUGGGUGUCGGGGAGAUCAGUAUCGACAAUCUCACCUUCAAACUCUACUACAAAUGGACGGUGACCAUGUUCAUCGUCUCGUCUGUUCUCGUCUCCACCAGUCAGUUCUUCGGUGAACCCAUCCAAUGCGAAACCGCUGAGGACUCUGUGGAUGACGAUGUGUUAAAUGCAUUUUGCUGGAUGUACAGUAGUUUCGACAUUCCACCUAAUUUCGAAGGCAUCUGUACCCGUCGUGAACACGAUGGGUCUCGCCUCUACAAUUCCUACUACCAAUGGGUCUCCAUAUUCCUGGGAUCGCAGGCAGUUCUAUUCUAUAUACCUCGAUGUAUUUGGCUAAUGCUGGAGGGAGGACUCAUGUCUUACAUCGUCAAAGGUACAACUGGAAGAGUUGUAGACGACGCAGACGAAAAGAUGGGUCGAAUGCUUCGACAAUUUCAGGAGCAUAUUCACAACAAGUUCAAUAGAUACGCCUUCGGGUUCUUCGCCUGUGAAUUCAUGAAUCUCGUGAUUGCCGUCAUGUCGAUCUAUUCCACUCACAAGUUCCUCAAUGGGCAGUUCCUUACGUACGGACUGCUCGUCUACAGAUACUACAGUCUGCCCCCUGAGGAGCGCGAGCUCACCUCCACCUAUGAUCCCAUGUGUGAGCUCUUUCCCAAGCAGGUCGGCUGCUACUACUCCCGGUUCGGCCUUGGGGGAGGCCUGGACAGUAGGCACGGCAUGUGCAUUCUCGGCCUCAACAUGAUCAACGACAAGGUGUUCCUGUUGAUCUGGAUUUGGCAUUACGUCCUCAUUAUCACGAGCAUCGUCCGAGUCACCACUCGGACCAUGCAGAUCUCCUCGAGUAAGAUCAGGUUCUUUCUCAUGAAGUUGAAGAUGUCCAAAUACUUCAAGAAGAACGCUCAUCUCAUCCACAUAAUGCACUACAUCCACAAUUGCUCCAUCGGCGACUGGUUCGUCUUGUACCAGAUGAGCAAGAACCUUAAUAAGAGAUUCUUCGCCGAGUUCUUGGCUCUUUUGGCAAUGACCGUCGAUCCAGACCCGUCUAUUGAGCCCGAGGAACCGGAAAUCCAUUUGUCGCCGGAGGAGAUUGAAAAGCUCCGCGACUAUUCGUCCUCCAAUGAUAGCUCGAGCCGCAAACGCUCUGGCGCUGGCAGUGAUGCCUCGGAUGAUGAUCCGACCGAUGGGUCAGAUGACGACAGCGGGGGCAGUAAGAAGUCCUCUUUCAUCAUGAAUAUUGGCGAUGACUUGGACACAGACGGCGAUGGGGGAGGAGGAGGAGGUGGUGGACUCUCAGGCAAGCAACGCAUGCUCAUAAAGAUGGGUAAAAAGGCGAAAUCCGCCAACAAAAGCGCAAUGAUGGCAGCUGCAGCCAUGAAACGUGCCAGGAGGAAAUAAUGACCUUUGUUUAACUGGAUGAUCAAUAAACAUGAAGAUACUUCAGUCUCCCCUACGAAGAACAGCGAUUAGCGGGAGUGGUGGAUCCCAUGUGCGAAAUCUUUCCCAAACAAGUGGGAUGUUAUUACUCCCGUUAUGGACUAGGCGGUGGGAAAGACAGCCGUCACGGCAUGUGUG